ACCGCGCGACGGACUGGCGCGGCACGCAAGCCUUUCAUGAUGAAAAACGUGCAGGGCAUGUCUGAGGCGGACCACAAGAAGCGCAUGGCCGUGCUCGACGACAUCACGAACUGGUUCAUCGAGCAGAGCGAGAAGGACAACGCCUGAGCUUCUCGCUCGCGCUGCGCACAACACGAGGCUUGUGUCGGGCCCGCAGUAGGGUGCGAGAGCCCACCAGCAACGAGCAAGAAAAGCGGGCGGCGCUGCCUGCCGACCUUAGCAUGUGCUCAAUCUAUGAUAUCCGGAUCUCGCUCGGGGCACGCUCUGCCUCUCAUUGCUUCUGCUUCGGGCCGUGGCAUUGCAACUUGCACUCCUAGUAGUACUGUCGAUGCAGCUCCUCGAGUUUGCGUCGGUGCUGCUCGUUCUCCGCAUCGCGCAGCUGUCGGCGUUCCGCCUCGUGCGGAUCAUGCGAGUGCUGUCUCGCACGCCGCCCCCAAGGAGCCAGAGCCACGUCCGGCGUGCGCACGAGGUGUCGCUGAGCCUGAGGGCCAAGCGUGCGCAUCAUCGAUGCGGAGCGACGCGUCUCGGGCGUCAAGGGACGCUCGGGAGAGAGGCGCCUUGCCUCGCUUGCCUGCUCGACCAAGGCGGACGCUGCGCGAGCAGCGUGGUUGCUAUGCCCGCCUGCGCUGCGCACUACCUCGCUGCGCCGCAAAGAGCGGCGCAGUGUGCGCGGCAGCAAGAGCUGCCGAAGUCGCGACGCCGACGGCGGCGCCUGGUAGAGCAGGUCGCUCGUGGGUCCUUGCUCGGUGUAUGCCGAAGGCGUGCAAGCGCCGUGCGACGUGGAGAUGCGCGCGGCUGACGCUUCCGUGCGCGCAAUCUUGCCGUCGGCUUGCUUGCGCAGUCGGACGCCGAAGCGCAGUAGGACGAGUGGAAGCGCACAUGCCAGUAAGGUCACUGCUGCGGCGAUGGCCAUCAGAGUGGCGUAGGACAGCUUUGCGACGGCUGAGAAGAGGGAGAAGGUCAGCAUCCGCUGCUUGGCUGACGCGCUGUACGCACCCAGACUGGACAGCAGAUUCGAUGGCGCCGGCGCCGAGGAGGCCUACGAUCAGUACACCUGCAACGGCACACACGGCCCAUUGCAUGCCGUGUCUGCGCGUCUCAGCCGAGCUGAGGCGCAGCGACUGCGUGCUGACCGAGGAGGCGCUCGUGUGGGACUGUCGCCGCUGGGCCGUGGCAUGUCCGAAGUGCGUAUAUGGGUCCUCGGUCGUGUCGAGCGACGAGGGCGCGACCAACUCGAUCAGGAUCGUCGGCCGCGCCGGAUAGUAGCACUCCGACAAGUAGCUCAGCAGCCCAAGCACCAUCAGUAGAAC